AUGACAAACUAUGUUUUCGGUUUAAUACUAGUUAGCAUGUUUACUCGUGGCUCUGCAAGUAUUACUCCCCACGAUCAGUACUCCAGCACCAUUGGAGUUCUCGGCUGCAAGAUCGACACCAACCGCGUUGCCUACUGGCCCGGUACCGUUGACUGUAACAACAUCUGCGUCAAGGUUUCCAACGAGGGCCGCGACGUCCAUCUCCUCAAGAUCGACUCCUCCGGGGGUGCUCACGACAUCUCCUACGAUGCUUGGAACUACCUUGGCUUCGGCGAGUCCGCUGCUAAGAACCCCCAACAGGACGGUGGCAUUGUCAUGGACUACGAGUUCGUCCACGCCUCCAAGUGCAAUGAAAUCCUCGACAACGGAAAGCUUCCCCUAUCAGCCGCCAAUUCCAUGAACUACGUCACUUCAUGCCUUGACGAGCCCACAAGCUGGGUCGCCCAGAACUAUGAGUUGUACAACAUCUAUGAUCCCAUCUGCAAGUAUGGUGUGAACGAGAAGUGCCACCUGAACCUUGCCGUCAGCAACCAGCCCGAGUGCCCCAGCAUACUUGGAUCCAUGAGCAAUCUCAAUCUCGAGGUCAAGAAUAUCAUUUACGGCUCAGGCAAGUCGGUCGUCGCAUCCUAG